AUGAACGAUUUAAGAAGAAUAGAAAAAGAAAUCCAAGAAAAGCAACGUUUAGUACAGUUCCUAGAUGAAAUAAGGCUCCAACAUUUUAUAAGAAUCCGUAUCGUCCUACAGCAAGAUUGUUAAAAUAAGUGAGAAGACA